GUUUACCCAACAACUGCCCUUGGAGAUGCAGAAGGACGAAAACACAUUUCUGAAUGUUUGGGAAUCGUUCUUGACCCCUAGGCUCCUUUUUUCUUAUCGUAACACCACUAAAAACCAAAUUGCUUUGAUAGUUUAUCAACCCAACCUUGUUUCUAGACAAUUUGGUCUAAUCCAAAUCAAACCUCAACCUAUAUUCCCCAAAAAGGGGUCCAUCAUCUUUUAUAACUCCCUUCACACUGAAGACGAAGGCAAAGAGCUGUCGAAGAAACUAGCUGAUGCUUCUCUCGACAUUCGACCAGUUAUUUUUCGACCAUCAUUCUUAUGCACUCCUGAGUUUGAUGAAUGGUGGAAGGAUUAUUAUUCCAACAAAUUUUUUGACGUAGCUGCUUUUGCUACACAUUUGACAAAUGCUUUCGCUUUUGUGCAGGAUCGGACCAAAAAAGCCGUGAAGAUCCCUGCUAAGAAAGCUGUUGUCGAAGCGUCGCCCAGUACUGCUAAGAAGCCUUCGACAAAGGUAAGUCGAAAACCCUCAACAAUCCAAAAGAAGAAGAGUGAAGAGGAGAGAAAAGAGGAUAAAGUCCCUAGUGAAGAGUCUGGUGAUGAAUCUCCAGAGUUAAUCCCUCCCCCUCAGAAGAAAAAGAAACUCACGAAGGUCUCUUCCCAAAGGUCCAUUGUUAACCCAAUCAGGAAGGAUUCUGCCAGUACUUCUCCUGCCAAGCCUCAGUCGAGAGAUAUGGGGAGUGGGAAAUCCGGUUUUAAUACUGAAAUUCGUGAGGAACAAGUGGCUGUCGAAAAAACGCCUGAGAAAAUUUUAGAGGAAACAGCCCCAGAGGAAGAUGUCCCCACAAGUGACCAUGAUAUGCAAACCGUAGAAGAAUUCGACACUACAGUGGGUGACGCCUCUGAAGAUGAAUCUCCUCCUCAUCCAGGAUUGCAUGUUGCACCUCAGGGUGAUGAUAUUGAAAUGGAGGUUGUAGUCGAAGAUGAUCCUGAAGAUGGAGCUGCCAGAGAUGGGGACAACCAGUCGAAACGAACAGAGGUUGAGCGUAUUUCGACGCGAAACGCUCCACCUGCUUCUGACCGGGCCCAAGGGAGUGGCAAAUCAACUGUGUCAAAGAUUUUGAGGCCAUUGGCUCCAAAGCUUGAUCAUGUGGUAGUAACCAUAGAAGAAUCGAAGGAUUUUUCAAGUAUGACAAAAGAAAAGUUUCAAGGGACACUUGAAUCUCACGAACAAAUAAUGACUGAAAGAAUUGCAAGCAAGUCGAUAAUUGAUGUGGCUUUGCAGGCUCAGACAACUAAAGAAAAGAAAGACGGAGGAAGAUGGAACUGUAACAAGGAAAGGGGAAGCUUCAACUAUUUGACUGGAAGAGGAAACCAUCAAGAAGGUAUUUCAUUCAAUCAAAGACAAUCUUCUAACCAAGGCAAUCACAUAGGUGAUGGUGCAGGUUGA